GGCAUUUCUUUAGCGCGAGAUUCCCAGGGAAGUGGCACUGCUGUCCCCAGGCGGAGCGGGAGAGAAAGGUCCUGUGGCCCAGAUUGCACUGGGACACCGGAGGCAGGCGCGAGCUGGGGACAGGAGGCGUGCGACACAACAAAAGCCUAGGUGCCCGGGCUGUGGAGCACGCGCGCGCGCCGACAGGCUUGACAUGGCAAGUUUGUCAACUGUGGGCUCCGAGGCCAGCUCCUUGCUGCCCCCCAAGUGACGGCAUUGCAGGGUCUGCCCUCCAAGGCGGGCAGCCCCCACCACGACCUGGGCCCUCUGCAAAAUGCUACCCCGCAGGCCAGGGAGAAGCUGGCUGUGGCCAGGCUGCAGAGAGAAGUUGCCCAAAGGACAAGCCAAGGGGCCAUGCAGGAGAAGCUGAUACAUGAGUUGGAAGAGGAACGACAGUUGCGGCUACAGAGUGAGGAACGGUUGCGGGAGGUGACCCUGGAGUCAGAGCGCAACAGGAUCCAGAUGCGCGGCCUACAGCAGCAGUUUUCCAGAAUGGAAGAAACUGUCCGAAGUCUGUUGCAGAGCCAAGGAUCUCCAGAGCAGAAAAAGGAAGAACCUGCUAAGAUCACAGCCUACCAGGAAAGAGUAUCUGAAGAAGAGAGAAAAGAGCAAGCAGCACUGGGUGAUCUCCGUGUGGAGGCUGAUGAGGACUCAAGGAGCGAACACAGCAGUACUGAGGGGGGGAAAGAAGACAGCAGACUGCUCCUGAAGAGACUGAAGGCUUUGGAGGCGGAGAAUUCAGCCCUGGCGCUGGAAAACGAGAAUCAGAGAGAACAGUAUGAGAGAUGUCUUGAUGAGGUAGCCAACCAAGUUGUUCGAGCUCUACUCACUCAAAAGGAUCUAAGGGAGGAGUGUGUAAAGUUGAAAACAAGAGUGUUUGACUUGGAGCAACAGAACCGAGCACUCAGCAUCCUGUUCCAACAGCGAGUCAGACCGGCUUCUGAUGUGCUCCUCCAGCAAACAUCACAGAUCUGGGAUAAAAGACUGAGUAUCGAUUCUUCGCUCCCAAGUGGCUUCACCAGCCCCGCAGAUGAACUACCUCCAACCCGUAUCAAAGAAAGCCACAUUUUGGAAGGGCUGAGGAAGCUACAGAAGCGGAAAGUGUUACUUGAGUCACCAGCGUCGGUGAUGAGCAAAUGGGGUUAUAAAGAUUGCAUGAACUCGAACGAGGGGAUCUAUUCGCCCGGGAUUAAAAACAGCAUCCUUAAGGAGUGUCCCCCCUGCCAGUCACCUGGCAGAGGGAUCCCCUGCCAGAAUCUCCAUCAGACCUUCAACUAUGAUGCAAAUUCUCAUGAGUAUGCACACGAAGAAUUCCUAUCCUCAGCCUCGCCAAGAACAUCUCCGAGCCAGGGCUGCAGGAUACAGGGCAGUAAAUUGACACAUAGUGUUUCAGACAGUCUAUUCACCUGGGAGCCACAUAGAAAAUACUUUGCAGAAGGUACAGCCUCAGUUUAUACCAGAGAAAUGCCUGAAAGGCUAGCUCGUUGUGCUAGCCACUGCCCCUUAGAGAGGAAACUAUGCCCCAGCAUUCACCUGCCCUGGGUGCAAAGAGAAAGGGAUCCACACAGCCGAGGUCCUGGCCAUGUGCCUCUGAACCUUCAACUUUCAGACACUGAUGACAAUGAAACCCUACAUGAGCUGCACAUAGAGAGCAGCGAUGAGAUAAGCCCUUCAGACUUGUCCUUGACUGGGGACACCGACAGGUCCAUGGAGAACCUAGGGGUGAAAUUUGAAAAGUCUGAAUGUGUCUCUCAUGAUAAGGGGAAAGAAGAAUGUCCCACCCACUUAGAGACUAGUCCAAAAGCAUUCAGCUUCAUCAAGCAGCAAAGGGUUGUCAAGAGGACCUCUUCAGAAGAAUGCGUAACAGUUAUAUUUGAUGCAGAAAAUGGAGAGCCUGUGGAAUUCAGCUCUCACCAGGCUGGAGUUGUCACUGUUACCAGGGAUGAAAUUUCCAUCAGCUCAACCCCUGCUGGGCCCUCAGAGGAACUCACUGAACUUUCACCUCAGGGAAUUACUCAUUUCCAGCCAGGGGCUACUGCAAGAGACUAUCCUUUUCUGGGGAGACCUGAAGAAGAGUCUAAGACAAACAUUCCAAAAGAUGAAAAUGGUAUUCUCACAGCCCCGAAUGACUCCUUUAGCUCUCCAACUACAGUAACUCAGAAUUCCCCACGACCAAAGCUUGUUAAACCAACACAAGGAGUAGCCUGGCAGAGUAAUUCUAGAUCUGUGGCAAACAUGAGUGUCUACACAAAGCAAGGUCUGACAAAAAUUCCUUCCAGAAGCAAGACUUCACCUCAAAAAUCAAAACUGGUGGACCCUAUGCUUACCACCCUAGUCCCUUCCAGUGGCCUAGUGACUCUUGCAAAAACACCAGCAUCCCCUACGGGGAAACUCUCACAGUGUAUAAAUGCAGAGAGCCCCAGUACUUUCUGUGAUGUACAGCCAGAAUCACACAUUCCAAAACAUCCCACCCAGCUUCCUCAUAACCCCAAAAUUUCCAAUAAGAAGAAUUGGGUUCAAUGCCCCAAGAGUCAGACUGCAGGGAUCCAAUCAAGGCAUCUCAUGGGGAAAAGUGACAAUGGCGAAUCCCCCACGAGGGCCAAACGCUGUGGCUCUGAGCCAAAGACAAGAAUGAGGUCUCCCUCCCCUCCAACUCCUCCAGGGAGGUCAGUCUCCCUCUUGGUCAGACCCAGUUAUGACUAUCCACCACUACCAUCACCUGCCAAACCUGAAACUAAGGCCCCUGGUGACACCGUAAAUACAGGGUUGAAGUCCCCAGUGUUGAAAGCAUCCUCUGCUCCUCUCGUCUCUUCCAGUCCAACUAUGUCAGAAAUACAGAAGAAGCCAUCUGUGGCAUCCAGGAAGUCUGCUUUCCCUACAGCUCUUCCCCCCACCCAAGCAGUGGUGCAUACCCGCUACCCUGAGCACACGUCCUCCAGCCCAUUUGCCGUGACGACUCCAGGGCCUACGAAAGUCUCUCCAAAAAGAGGCAUCCCUAAAGCUCCCCAUCCCCAAGCACUUGGAACCACCCACAUGGACACAGACUUACAGACACCCAAGACUCGUCCUUCAAGCUAUGAACUGCUAGAGGUGACAGCCUGUAAAAACCUGUCUCCAGGGAGAAAAGGACAGUUAAGUGACAGCACUGUGACGCCCCACAGGCCUUCCUUCUCAGGACCGAAUGAAUUCUUGACACCUCAGGUUAAUAGUCCAUCCUCAUCUUCCUCAUCCUGUAGAAACCAGGGCACCUCACAAGGUGGCCAAAAUCCUCCCGAGAAAGGACCGAAAACUUGCCUCCCAGUAGGACUCAGAGUUCUCAUGAAGUCUCCUCAGUUGCUCAGGAAAACGUCUAUGGUACCAGGGAAACAAGAAAAGGAUAGCUUAAACGAAGCGUCUCGAAGUUCUGUGACAGCGAACAAGUCUAAUCCUGAGGACUCCAAAGACCCUGCAAGUGUGGAGACCUCAAGCGGUGAGAGAACCACAGCCUUACUAGGUCUGAGAGGUCCAGAGAGUCUAGCUAGAGGUCUUGGCUUAGAGUCAACACUGCCAGAGUCAUUGGAAAGCAGCAUCUCCAGAGAUGAUGGGAGAGACGGGGUAGACAGCAGAGCCAUAAAAAGAUCCUUCUCCUCCAGCAAGCCACACCUAAAGCCUGCUCUAGGCAUGAAUGGAGCCAAAGCUCGGAGUCAGAGCUUCAGCUUCCACUUGGGAGAGAAGCCUUCCACACCCCCAAUAGAAGGGCCAGGCAAGAUUCGAACCCAGAUUAUUACCAACACGGCUGAGAGAGGCAAUUCUCUCACCAGACAGAACAUCUCCAUGGAGGGGUCCCCAAGCAAGACCCCCUCUGUCUCAACACCUGAUAAUCUGCCCAAUGCUGGAAGGCCCCUGGGAAACCCCUUUUCCAGGCAGGGUUCUCUCUGUAGCACAGGGAGUUCUAGUAGCCAGCAUGGAAGCCCAAGCAAGUUAUCUUUGAGGAUGCUCACAAGGCCAGAAGGACUCCUCACUCCUGGGGAGGAAGACCAACGGUUCUCUACUCAGGAAGAAUGUCCUGGGAGAGGAGUACAUGAACAAUCUAGCAGUAACCACCAUAGGCAUCCAUCAUCUACUCUAUCAGACUGCCCUCAAUCCCUGCAAGUCCCAGGGAGGAUGCAGCGUCCAAGCAAUUUGGAAACAAAUGGGAUAUCUAAGCUAGAAACUUCUGGAAGGCAUCCAGAUGCUUCUCCAACUGGGACUAGUGUCGUGAGCCCAGAAGCCCCCCUCUCACCCUCCAUCGAAGAAAAGGUCAUGUUGUGCAUUCAGGAGAAUGUGGAAAAGGGCCAAGCACAGACAAAGUCCGCCUCUGUGGAAGUGAAGCCUAGGGCAGGGCCUUCAUUCACCAGCUGGUUUGGUUUUCGAAAGAGCAGGCUUCCAGCUCUCAGUAGCAGGAGAAUGGAAGCUUCCAAGAGUAAAGUGGAAAAGAAAGAUACAAAACUGAAAUCCGAGAGGAAAAAAGAAAAGAAGAAAGCUGAAGUACAAUCGAAGAGAGAAAACGAACUGAGUAGGGGUACCAAAAAGGCAGAUGGUCAGAGUCCAGACGAUGGUUUGCAAAACACAGAGAGUCUGAAAGCGACCCAAGACAUUUAUAACCAAAUGAAGUCAGAGCCAAGGAAUAGACCCAGCCCUGCUGUAUGCCCAACAAACGAUGCCUUCAUGACAGAACUUCUAAACAGAGUUGAUAAGAGAGCCGCUCUACAGACAGAAAGUGGAUCAAAAGGUGUCUCCCGCAGGAGCGUGUUAGAGGGCACCUCCCAGGGCUCCUGUUUCGCCAGCGGCUCUGUGAGCACUCAAGGAAGUCAAAAGAAAAACAUCAAAACCAAAGUCGAUAUGGAAAAACCAAGAGAAUCCUUGGGGGCAGAAGUCGACGAAGAUGUACAAGAGGAUGAAGAAGAUAGAGUUGCUGACGCUGCACUCCAAAGCCACGUAAUAGAAUCGCACUGCCAGAUGAGAACAUUGGACAGCGGGAUUGGAACCUUCCCCCUCCCGGACUCAGGAAAUCGCUCAAUGGGACGAUACAUAUGCCAGCAGGACUCCCCAGAGGACACUGAUCCCCUCCUACCUCUCCAGCCAGCCCCUUCCAUGCCAUCCUCUGCCAGAGCCCAAACCCUUGACCGUGAAGUGCCUUCCUCCACAGACAGCCAGAGCUCCUCAGAGUCCACGAUCAUCCAUUCCGUAUCUGACCCCAGCAUGAUGGCCAGAGGGAUGAGAGCCUCACAGAGUCACCUUCCCAAGCCCACCACCUCAGGAAAAACUAGUUUUGAAAAGCAGAAUGGAGCAGAGUCAAAAGCUGCCACUGGCCCAUCAUUUGAAUAUGCUGAGGAUGCAGUGCCAAGUGAGCCCCUUUCAGGAUGGAGGGGCGAAGAUGCUACUACUGAGAACCAGGAACUGAAACAAGUUGAAGAAACAAAAGAAGAUCCUGAGAAUAGAUUAUCUGAAAUUUCCCUGGAGUCAUUCAAUAAAUUUAACAGCAAUACUGUGAUUUUAUUAGAAAAAGAGCAGUCUCCAAGUGAGGUUGAAGGACAAAAGGAAGAAAAAGGCAAAGAGACAGAGGUGUCAUUGAGUAGCUCGGAUAGGCCUGGGGUGGACCACGUGGAGUCUCUGAGUGACUCUCUGUAUGAUAGCUUCUCCUCGUGUGCAAGUCAAACUUCCAACGCCUAGCGGAAGAGCAUCCCUCAGUGAGACUCAUGCAUGGUGCACAGACUCCAGACCGGGGGCUGCAGGAGCACUAACUCCAGAGAAGCUGAUAGCAGCCAGUACACCAGCGUUUACUUCCCUCACGGACUGAUAAAGAUCGCCUCUACUCACUGUGUUUCAAGAGGGUUAAAAAGCAAAAUAUGAUAGAGAAUUCUCAAUGUUUGCACUUUUUUUUGAGUAUUUGUACAAAAGCUGUAAAUUUGGGGGGAAGAGAAAUUAUAUUUGUAGGGGAAGAAGGAUAGCAAUAAAGAGAGUUGGCGCCAUGCUCUUGAAAUGAUGCAUUAAGUUCUAGAAGUCGAUAAUAUAUAUUUUUUAAAAAGCCCAACUAAAGAUUCUGUGAAGGUAAUCAUCUUGGCCAUCAAGUCAUUUGUGCAUAU